AUGCGUUUGAGUUAUCAAAGAUCACAGGAGGAAAAAGAAAGUCAUCUCAGGGACUGCAGUUGAUGAAGGAAGGAGCGUGACCUAAAUCUUUGUACGUGAGGAAUAGCUGGUCCAGUUUAUUCCUAAACGUUCAGAAAUUUGGCAACGUUGAUCAUCAUUGUCGGAGAACUCUGCAACAACAGGUCAGGAUGGAUGAGGAGUUCGAGAAACACCGCAUCAAGGAGCUCCAGCAGCAGCGGAUGAUAGUACAGAAAAAAACCUUCACCAACUGGAUGAACCAGAUUCUGUCAAAUAACCCGGUGCGGAUUUUCCUUACUGAUAUAUUCACUGAACUGAAAGAUGGUGUUGCCCUGAUUGCCCUGCUGGAGACCAUCUCUGGAGAGAAGCUGAACAGACCGAACAGAGGCAGGAUGAGAGUCCACUAUCUGGAGAACAACAGCAGGGCCAUUGCCUUCCUGAAAACCAAGAUAAAUGUGGAGCUGAUUGGACCUGAAAAUAUUGUGGAUGGUGACCGCACCCUAAUCCUGGGUCUGAUAUGGAUGAUUAUCCUGCGCUUUCAGAUUGCCUCCAUCACUCUGGAAGAGGAUGAGUCUGAUAGCAGCAGUGCCAAGCGAUCUGCCAAGGAGGCCCUGCUGAUCUGGUGCCAGCGCAAGACAGCUGGAUACGAGAACGUCGAUGUCCAGGACUUUUCCUCCAGCUGGAAGGACGGAUUGGCCUUCAAUGCACUAAUUCACGCUCACAGGCCUGAUCUGAUCAACUAUAAGAGCCUAAAGCAGCACCAGCGGAUAGACAACCUAACUAACGCAUUUACGGUUGCAGAGGAGAAGCUGGGCAUUCCCCAGCUCCUAGACCCAGAAGAUGUGGCUGUACCUCACCCGGAUGAAAGGUCCAUUAUGACCUAUGUGUCUCAGUACUACCAUUACUUCUCCAAAAUGAGGCAGGGUCAGACUGGACAGAAGAGGAUUAUUAAGAUUAUUCGUCUCCUGAAGGAGAUUGAGGACCUCAAACUGGAAUACCGGCGACUGGUGACUGACUUGCUGCGGUGGAUUGAAGAUAAGGUGAGGGAGUUGAAUGACCGCCACUUCCCCAACUCGCUGGCAGGCAUGCAGAGGCUGGUGGUGGACUUCAAAACAUUCCGCACCGUGGAGAAGCCACCCAAGUACCAGGAGCGGGGGCUCAUAGAAGCCCACCUCUUCAACAUCAAGACCAAGCUCCGAGCCAACAACAUGAGGCUGUAUGUGCCCCCCGAGGGGAAGACCCUGCGCGACAUUGAGAGGCACUGGGCCAACCUGGAGAAGUUGGAAUAUGAGCGGGAGAAAGCGCUGCAGAAGGAGAUGCUGCGGCUGGAGCGCCUGGAGCAGCUGGUGCGCAAGUUCAGGAAGAAGGCCGCGCUGAGGGAGGCCUACCUCACCGAGAUGAGGUCCGUGGUUGCCAAGCAGGACGUCGGUGUGAGGAGCAUCGAAGAGGCCGUGGCUGCAGCCAAGAUGUUGGAGGCCAUCACCACUGAUGUGUUCGCCCGGGAACAGAGGUUCAAGGCCCUCGCUGAAAUGGCAGCAAUCAUUGAGAGAGAGAACUACCACAGCAAGACCGAAAUCGUGAAGCGACAGCAGAAUGUUGAACAUCGCUGGCAAGACCUUCUCCAACAGCUUUGCAAACGCAGGGAAUCCCUGAACAAGACUAUGUCUGCACUCACCUUACUCCAAGAUAUUAACAGCAUUUACCAAGAAAUAAUGACCAUUCAUUCACUGGUAAGUUCGAGUGAUUAUGGUAAGCAUCUGCUUGAUGUGGUGGAUAUGGUGCAGAAGCACAACUUGAUCGAUUCUCAAAUCUCAUCUCACGGAGAGAACCUGAAACACAUCAACAAGAAAGCUGACCAUCUCGACAGGAGCAGCGAGCUGAACAACGACUUGGUUCAGGGCAAACUUAAGGAGCUCAACGAUGCUUACAGCAACCUCCUGGAACUCAGCAAAGUUAGGCGUUCUAAACUGAAGCAGCAACAGCAAUUGUUUGAGUUUUUCCGGGAUUGUGACGAGGAGGAGUCCUGGAUUUUUGAGAAGUGGCAGAUGGUGCGAACAGCAGGGUUGGGCCGUGAUGUCACCCAGAUCGCAGCGUUGACCCAGAAACACAAGGCCCUGGAGUCGGAGGUUAAUAGCCACCAGUCAAUAUGUUUCUCGGUGGUGAGGAAGGGCCAGCACCUGUACCAACGGAGUUUGGAUUAUGAGAAGGAAGUGAGGAGGUGGGUCAGUACCCUGCAGAAACAAUGGCAGCAGUUAAAGGACGAGGUUGCAAACCGGAACUCACGGCUGCAGGCUGCACUGACUAUCAAACAGUAUUUCACAGAUGUCAACGAGGCCCAUUCCUGGCUGCUCGAGAAACAACCUCUUCUGGAGAGUGAGGAUUGUGGAAAGGAUGAAUCCAGUGCGGAAACUCUCCUGCAGCGUCACGUGCGUCUGGAGAAGGAGAUAGCAGCCUAUUCUGGUGAAGUGAAGCGGCUGGGGGAUUUGGCAGCGGUGGCCGCACAGCAGGUUCCACUAACAAUGUGUCAGGCAGAGACCCAGGAGAGUAAAGAGACUGAAAGCUGUUCAUCUGAUGAAGAUGGGACUGACAAAAACCGCUUGAAGGUGAAUCUCCCACAAAGUCAGACAGCCCGAGAGCGCAGGCAGCCUUUGGGUGCAAGGGGCAAGAUAUCCAUCACCAACAGUGAGCCAUCGGUGGAGAGCGAGACUGCUGUCGACCAUGCCCUGGCAGAUAGUCCAAACAGGAAGGUCAGCAAACCACGGAGAAGCCGGUCUAUGCGCCGGGGGCCGACAGAGAUCCAAAACUCCUCACCCGACAACGACUUCAACAGAGAGACGAUUGAAGACAGCCAGAGAGACAUCAACUCCUGUUACUCUGAUCUCUGCCAGCAAGCCAAGGCUAGAAGGAAAGCACUGCAGGAAAUGAUCCGGCUCUACCAGUUUUAUAACACCUGCAAUGACUUUGAUUCCUGGAUGAACGACAAGGAGAAUGGUUUCAAAACAUUUGAACCCAAGUCUGAUAACGUGGAGGCCAUGCAAAGGAAAUACGAGAACUUCUUGACAGAGUUGGCUGCUGGGAAAGGCCGGCUGGAUGAGAUUAACCAAUUGGUGGAUGAGUUUAUCAAAACUGGACAUAGCAAGAAGCAGGAAAUCCGAGCAAAGCAGCACGAGAUACAUAAAAGGUGGGCACAUAUGCUUGUCCUGAAAGAGGAGAAGGGGAGAGAGUUGAUCGGCACAGCGGAUGUCAAGUCGUUUCUUCAGAAAUGCCAGGACACAACAGCCCUGCUCCAGGAGAAAUUGACCCUGCUCCCCAACACGGAGAUAAGCAAUAGCAAGAAGGCCGUGGAUGAAGAGAGGCGUAAGCAAGCAGUAUCUGAGCGGGAGAUCCAAGUGCUGGAAACCCGAAUUGAAUACCUGACCAAAAUGGCUCACUCGAUUAAGGACACCAACCGCGCAGAGAGCGCCGCGAUCAUGGAACAGGUUCACCAGAUGGAAGCACUGCUGCACGAGGUGAAGGGUCAGGCCUCAAGGAGAAGGCAGCUCCUGUCGGACGCUCACAACCAGCAGCUGUACAGCCAGGAGAGCAAGGAGCUUCUCCUGUGGGCUGGAAACAUGAAGGACAAGCUGAACAGCGAGGAGAUGGGAUUCGAUGUGGGCUCUGCUGAAAACCUUCUCAAGGAACACAAUGAUCUGCUGCUGGAGAUCAAUGCGCAGAAAAUCAAGUUCGAGAAGCUGCACGAACUGGGAGAUCGGCUGAUGAAGGGGAACUCUGCUGGCGAGGUCCCUCACGCCAUGCAGAAAAUGAUGGCCGUACAGGCCGAGCUGGAGGCUGCAUGGAAAGAACGGAACGCAAGGCUGCAGGAAGGGCUGGAGUUGCAGCAGUUCAACCGGGAGGCUGAUCGCAUUGAGGCAACUCUGGCUGGUCAUGAAGCCUUCCUGAAGAUCAACCACCUCGGGGACAAUGUGGACUCGGUCAGCAGCCUGCUGAAGAGGCACGAAGACUUUGAGAAUGUGCUGAAGCUAACGGACCAGAGAAUUCGGGGGCUGCAGGAUAAAGCCACCAGGGUCUCCCAAAACAGCAACUACUCUAACACAAUCCGGAAAAGGGUGUUUGUGAUCAACGACAAGUGGAACGAUCUCAAUUGGAGUAGCGACUACAGGAGGAACAGACUGCUCGCCUCAAAGAAGCUCCAGGAGUUUAACAGAGACGUAGCUGAGCUCCUGAUGUGGAUUGAUGAAAAAUUCAAGCUUGCCUCGGAUGAGUCGUAUCGAGAUCCGACGAACAUCCUGCGCAAACUGAAGAGGCACGAGGCUGUGGAGAAGGAAGUGAUGGCAAAUGAAGUGCGAGUGGACGACCUGAGGAAGGCAGGCAACGACCUGAUCGAGGAGAACCAUUAUGCCAGGGAUAAUAUCCGAUCCUGCCUGACGACAUUAAAGGAAAAGUGGAUGAAGCUCUGCAAUAAGCUGGUGGAGCGUGGGGACAAAAUGAGGCAAGCUGGCCAACAGGAGCAACUCAUGGAGCUACUACAGGAUGCCAAAGCAAAGCUUGAAAAGAUUGAGAAGAUGUUGCAGAAUCCCAACACAGGCCAUGAUCUGCGCUCCAGCAGACUCCUCCUGAAAGAGCACAAGUGGCUGGAAUGUGACAUGCGUGAGCUCGCGGAGAAAAUGAACAGCAUUGUCAACCGGGCCAAGAAGGUGGCAAUGGAUCACUUUGACUCUCAGAGGAUACUGGAGCAGACUCAGAAACACCUGGACUGGUUUGAAUCACUCCAGAAGCCCCUGGAGCACCGGAGGAAGGUUCUAGAAGCAACAGUGGCUCUGCAUGAGUUCUACCACCACAGUGACCUGGAGUUGAAGUGGAUUGCUGAGCGCGUUCCAAGCAGUACAUCAUCAAACUAUGGCAAGUCCCUGGACAUGGCACAGAGCCUGCUGCAGAAGCAGAAGGAGCUACAGGUAGAAGUGAACACUCACAAGCAGCAGUUCCAGAAGGUGCUGGAGAUGGGCCAGCAAAUGGUCAGCUCCCAGCACCACAUGGCCCAGGGCAUUGAGGCCAAGUGCAGAGAACUGCAGAGUCGCUGGGAGGAGCUGGAGUCAGCCUGUGGUGACCGGAGGAAAAAACUACAGCACUCAGGGCGGUUCCACCAGUUCAUCGCAGAUGCAUCCGAGCUGGAAGCCUGGGCAGCAGAAAAACUUCAGCUUGUGACAAGUGAGGAUUACGGGAAGAAUGAAGCUGCCACUCUGAAGCUGAUUAAGAGCCAUAAGGCUCUGGAGCAGCAGAUCCAGGAUUACCAAGGCCGUGCAGAGGAGCUUCACAAGAUUUCUGAGGGCCUUCUGCUCAGGGGACUCAUCACCUUCGACAUGGUGGACGAACCUCAGGAGCAGAUUCGGAAGAGGUUGAAGGAAUUGUGGGAGUGUUCGGCUGUCAGGUUGCAGAAGUUGGAAGAGACCUUGCGAUUCCAUGAGUAUCUGAGGGAAAUUGGAGAGCUGGAGGCAUGGGUCGCACAGCAGAUGCAAACUGCCAGUUCUGAGGAUUACGGCAAUGACUAUCAACAUGUGCUGCACCUGAGGGCACUCUACGAAGACUUCCUGCACCUGGUGGAGGCCGGUGAAGAGAGGAUCCAGGGGGUUCAGACCUUGGUGAAGAAGCUGCUGGAAAACCACCAUCCUCAGUCCCAGGAAAUCACACUCAGGAAGGAUGCACUCAGGAAUUUGUGGAAAAGUUUGCAGGAACGAGCUCGCAUCCGGGGACAGAAGCUCAGUGAUGCAGAAGCAAUUCACAAGUGCAGCCAGGAUCUCUGUGAUGCUUUGACCCAUAUCAAGGAGAAACUGAAAAGUUUUCCUGAUGACAUUGCAAAGGACCUGCGGGGCGUUCAGGCUCAACUGCGGAGACAUGAGGCACUGGAACAUGAGCUGUCUGGGGCCGAGCAGCAAAUGCAGGCUUUGGUGGAUGCAGCCGAUGAAGUUCUGCACCGAUGCUCUACACAGCAGAGUGCAGACCUACAGGACAAGCAGCAAGCUGUUGUGGAAAACUGGGAGACCCUGAGAGCUAAAGUGGACCAGCGGAGAGAAGACCUGGAACAUGCCUGUAAAAUCCAGAGGUUCCUGGCGCAGGCCCGGGAUUACUUCUCCUGGUCAGCUGAAUUGCUGAGGGAGAUGAAAGUGGAGGAAGCAACACGUGACAGUUCCAUGACAGAUUUAAAACGGACACAGCACCAGCAGCUCCGAGCAGAGAUUGAUGCCAGAGAAGAGACCUUUGAGCAAGUGAUGGCCCUGGGCCAGGAGAUCCUGCGAGAAUCCUUCCCAUCACAAGACGUUCGAGAUAAGGUCCGUGCGCUGCACGAUGAGAAGUCAGGCUUGUACCGUCAAUGGGAGUUGAAGAGGAGCUGGUUGGAGAGAAUGUUACUGCAGCAGAUCUUCUACAGGGACAUCAGCCAAAUGGAAAAGAUCAUGAACUCUCAGGAAGUUUACCUGCGGUCCAGUGAACUCGGAGCAUCUGUGGACACAGUAGAUUCCCUCAUCAAACGGCAUGAGGCCUUCGAGAAGCUACUUGUAACUCAGGAGGACAAGGUGGUGUCACUGCAGGAACAGGCUGGUAAGCUGAAAGAAAGAAGUUUAAAAUGUGAAGAGGCCAGUUCCGUCCAGCAGAAGCUCGACAUCAUUCUGGAGAGGAGGAAUCGGAUUAAGGAGCUGUCCCAGAGCCGCAAGAGAGAUCUGAGCACUGCCCGCCUGCUAGCACAGUUCAACCAGGAUCUGAUCGAGGAAGAGAGCUGGAUAAGUGAAAGGAUGAAGAAGUUAAAAGACAAUUCCUCUGCUGAUGUUAGUGACCUGCAGGCCAAGCUGAAGCUGUUGCAGAAACACCAGGCCUUUGAGGCAGAGAUCUUGGCCCAUGAGGCCAUCAUUACAAGUGUUACUGAGACAGGUGAGCUACUGUUGAACACGCGCCACCCCAACUCCAGUGAGAUCCGCCGAAGUAUGAGGGUGUUGCUGGAACACUGGGAGCAGCUGAAGUCUGCAGUGGCUGCACGUGGGAAAAUGCUGGAGGACAACCGGGAUUUCCUAGAGUUCCUGCAGAAAGUCGAUCAGGUGGAGGCAUGGAUCAGGGAGAAGGAGGUGAUGAUCAAUGUGGGCGAUGUCGGCAAAGACUAUGAGCAUUGCCUACAGCUGCAGAAAAAGCUCAGCAAGUUCCGUGGAGCUGGGGAUUUGACAGUGGACGAUGCACAUAUCAAAACUAUCAACAGCCUGGCCACUCGCCUGGAGAAGCAGAAUAAAGAUGACAUCAGGACUGUCCAGCAACGCAAGCAGCAGCUGAACGAAAAGUGGGAUAGCUUCCAGGGAAACCUGAACAAGUACAAGAAAAAACUGGCGGCAGCUUUGGAGGUUCACGCCUUAAUCCGAGAAAUGGAUGACCUUAAAGAAAGGAUGGGUGAAAAGAGCUUGUUGAUGCAAGGUCUGGACUACGGACGAGAUGUGGAGACUGUGGAGAAACUGAUGAGGAGGCAUAAAGAAACUGAGCUGGAAAUCACAGUCAUCCAGGACAAGGCAGAGGUGCUGGAAGUGAAAGCCAGAGAACUGUGCAAGAGCCAGUCUCCAGUGGGUGAUAAGCUCAGCCUGAAGCAGAGAGAAAUCCAGGAGAGUUGGCUUCGACUGCAGCAGGAAACCAAACUACGGAAGGAGAAGCUGGAAGCCUCAUACCAGCUGCAGAAGUUCAACAGGACUGUCCGGGAGCUGUUGGACUGGGCACAGGUGAUGGAAGGGCUAAUGGGCCAAGGAAGUUUGCCCAAGAGUAAGCAAGAGGCAGACGCCAUGAUAGCAGAGCACCAAGAAAGAAAGACUGAGAUCCAGGCCAGAAUGGAGCGUUUCGAUACAGUCAGGAACGUUGGUGUUGAGCUAGUGGCUGCAGGACACUAUGCCUCGGCAGACAUCAGGCAGUCCCUCGCGAUGGUUGAAAAGACCUGGACCACUCUGAAUGAGGCUUGGCAGGAACGCGGUACCAGGCUGGCAGAAGUCAGUGAUCUGCAGAUAUUCUAUGGUUACGUGGAACAGAGUGAGAGCUGGCUCAGCAAUAAAGAGGUGUUCCUGGCUAAUGAAGAUAAAGGGGAUUCACUGACGAGUGUGGAGAAUCUACAGCACAAGCACGAGCAGUUUGAGAAAACAGUGGAAGCUCAGAUGGAAAAGGUGAACCUGAUGGAGAGGUUUGCAUUACAGCUGAAGCAGAACAAUCAUUCUGACUGUGCGCACAUCAUCCUCAAGUGCCAAGCUGUUCUGCAAAGAAAACAGAAGUUGCUGGAAAACAGCGAACAGCGCAGAAAGGUCCUGGAUCAGUCCAAACAGCUGCAGAUGUUCCUGAGAAGUUCGUAUGAGGCUAUUUCAUGGCUGAAUGAGAAGAUCGGCGUUGCCCUGGAUGAGAGCUGGACAGAUCCCAGCAACCUGCAGGGAAAGCUGCAAAAACAUCAGACCUUCGAGGCUGAGGUCAUGGCCAACCAGAACCGGAUCCAUAGCAUCGGCACGGAAGGUGAGCGUAUGAUUGAGGCCGGGCAUUAUGCUGUAACGGAGAUCGAACCGCGGAUGAAGCAGAUUCAGGAACUGUGGAGCGAACUGCUGGAGAACUGCCAGAACAAGAGGUCCAAGCUGAUCGAUGCGCACAAGGCACUGAACUUCCAGCGGAGUAUUGAUGAUGUGGAGAACUGGCUGAGUGAAAUAGAGAAGCAGUUGAGGCAAGCUGGCCAGCCCACUGACCUGGUGUCUGUGAAGAACCUCCUGAACGAACAGCAAGACCUGGAAGACGACAUCAGCAGCUAUGUGGAGAGGAUGCAGUCUCUACUGGAUCAGUCUGAACAGUUUGUCCAGGACAACCAUUUCCUGGCUGAGGGCAUUCGGGACAGAGUCAGCAAUAUACUCGAGAGGUACCAGGCACUGGGAGAUCCCAUCAAGGAGAGGCACCGGGCCCUGGACGACAGUGCCCACCUCUACCGGCUGUUCCGGGACCUCGAUGCUACCCAGGCCUGGGUCCAGGAGAAGCUGCUGCUGGCCACGGUCAAGGAUGUCGGGAACUCACUGACUGCUGUCCAGAGCCUACAUAACAAACACCUGGCUUUGGAGAAUGAGAUCCAUAACCACGAUUCCCUGAUUGAACCCAUAAUGGAGUUGGGGCAGAGUCUGGUAAAAGCUGGUCACUUUGCUGCCCGUGAGAUUUCCAAGCGACUAUGGGAGCUGCAGGAUGCGGUGGAGCUGCUGAAGGAAGAGGCAGAGAAGAGGGGCUCAGUGCUGAGAGAGCAGCAUGCUGUCCAGCUCUUCCUCUCAGAGCUGCUGGAGGCGGAACUAUGGAUGAAGGACAGGAAAGCACAGCUGGAGAUCUCUGACUACGGGAAGGAUGAAGAAUCCACACAGGCUCUGCUUCGGAAGCUGGAAAACGUUGAACUGGAAUCGAUCAGCUACCAGUCCAGGAUGCUCAAACUGAGGGAAACGGGGAACAAUCUUUCCAGCAUCAGCCACCCUGACAGGGAGUCCAUGUUGAAGAAGCUCCAGGAAGUGGAAUCGGAAUAUGUUUUGCUGCUCAAGUUGACCCAGAGCCUACAGAAGAAGCUGAUGGACCGAUACCAUUUGUACCAGUUUGAGCAAGAGUUCCAGGAAAUGACCACAUGGCUGGCCAGUCGGCAGCGCAUGGCUGAUUCCCAGGACUACGGCCAAGAUCUGGAAGAUGUGGAGGUAUUGCAAAAGAAGUUUGAGAACUUGGAGAAGGAGCUGAGCACCCUGGGCCAGACCAAGAUGUCUGCAUUUCACGAUGAAGUGAAAGCGCUGAAGAGACAGUCUCACAGCUUCCUGCCGGAAAUUAUGGAUCAGGCCAAUGCGAUUAACCAGCAGUGGCACAAACUGCAGCAAGCUGUGAGCAACCGGGCCGAGAAUCUGAGGGCAGCACAGCAGGUACACCGGUUCGACUACGACGUGUCUGAGCUGAGGGCCUGGAUCCAGGAGAAAGAUGGCGCACUGGGCAAUGACAACUAUAGCCACGAUUUAAACCAAGUGCAGACGCUGCUACGGCAACAUGAAAGUCUAGAGAGGGAGCUGGGAGCCAUAAAUGGGGAAGUUGACCGUAUUGGUGGAGAAGCUCGGAUGCUGGGUUUGGCGUAUCCGCACGUCAGGGACAACCUGCAGGAGCGGCUGGAGGAGGUGGCUGAGUCUUGGGAUAACCUGUAUCGGAAAGCCGGAGAGUACAAGGAGAGGUUACUGCAAGCUGAGCGAGUCCAGGCCUACGUGAGCAACUGUCGGGUUUUCCUGGCCUGGGUGAAUGAGAUGGAUGCACUGCUGGACUCGGAGGAACAGGCCAGGGGCAUUUUGGGAACAGAGCAACUCUGUAAGCAACACGAUGAGUAUAAAUGUGAGAUUGACAAGCAAAGACCCAAAUAUCAAGAGCUGAGAAGUGCAGGAAACGAGCUGAGAGGGAACACACACGUCAUGUUGGAGGAGGUUGAUGAGAAGUUGAAUGAGUUGUCCGACAGUAUGGAUGAGCUUGUGAAGAAGUGGGAAAAGUUGGAGGAGCUGUACGAGAAGGAGCUGUGGAAGGAGGCCCAGCUCAGAGAACUCGAGCUGCUGGCUGCGUGGCUGAGCUCCAAGGAGGGACUAGUGACAAGCAACAACUAUGGGGAUUCUGUCGACGAAGUGGAAGACCUGAUCAAGCGGCACGAGGACUUUGAGAAGAUGCUCGCAGCUCAGGAUGAGAAGAUCAGCCAACUGGAGAAAACGGGGGAAGAGUUCCGAACAGAGGCGAGUGUGAAGGAGAAAGAGCGCAAAGUGGCCCGUGUCCCGUCGCUGAAGAGAAAGGGAUCGGAUAAGAAGCCAACGCCAUUGAAGAUCAUUGGAAAACGUGAUUCCGACCUCGGGAGGUCCCCCAAGUCCUGGACAAAAGAGACAAUUGUUAGCCCAGCUCCAAAGACCCCCUCAACGUCUGACCUGUUCUUCUCUCCAGUCCGAAGGACUCUUCAGACGGGUCCAGGUACUGGAGAGGACAGGAGAUGGUCCCUCACCCAGCCACCUCUGUCACCAAAGUCCUUCAGUCUCCAAGCAGGGCGUCCAGAUGUGAGAGCUUCGAAUCCAACCAGAGCCGGUGUCUCACUGCCACCCAAAUUGCUCCCCCGGCUUCCGUCCAGUGAGGUGCAAGAUCCGACCUCGCCAGCUCGCGUUGGCACCAGCACCGAGGCAGCUACAGCCCAAAGGCUUCCAACCUCUGACGGUUCUUCCCAGGGAGAGCUUUGCCUAGAACGAGCCACAGCUUUGACUGUGGACCCUGCGACCGGCCCUGUGGAGAGACAGGGGCCCGGGGACACAGAGCUGUUAUCACUCACUGGGACUCGGCAGAGUGCCCAGCCAUCGAUCACAGCAACAUCGGGUGAAAAGGUUUCUGUAGCAUACCAGACGAUGGGAGGUACACUCGAACGAAUGCACAAAUCGCAGCCCGGAGGGAUUAAGGUCGACUCUGAAAACUGGGCCACCUAUUUUGUAACUCUGAAGGAGCAAGCCCUCUGUUUCUUCGAGAAUGAGAGCGAUAGCUUGACGGAUUCUCCUUGCUGUCCAAAGCUUGUGAUCAGUGAUGUUCAUUGUGAGGAAGCUGCAGACUCCAUGGACAAGACACACACGUUCCAUUUACAGCUCAGUGACGGAAACGAGUAUGUUUUCUCUGCUCCAUUGGGCAGCCUGAGGGACGAGUGGAUUCAGAAGAUCAGAAACAAUGCCGGUAACUGUGGAGGUUCUGAUGAAAUGAACUUGUCAUCUGUCAAUACAUCUCCUUUGCAGUCUCCACAACACUCCAGGGACCCAUUCACAACCAAAUCCCAGCUCACGGCCGGAAGCCCUACAAAGAAGGAGAAACCUGGAAGCAACAAGGAUUUACUUCCCAGGAGGACACCAUCUUUCAGAGUGAAGCAAAACAACUCAUCGAAUCUGUCUGCACAGAGAUCAGAGGGGCAACGGAAAAAUUGGAGAAACAGUGACUCCUUGCUGGGAACUAACAGGACAAGAGAGUCUGGUGCUGCGAGUAAGUCAACAGGGGAGACACAGUCAUGGUCAGCUCCUCCACCAAAACCUCCUCACACUUAUUAUAACAUUCACCUGUAUCCAGAGGGUGGGGAACGAAUGAAUCACUCCCUGAGUGCAGGUAACAUACAGACCCUGGGCAGUACUCCCGCACUGCUUUUGGAGAGAAGGCAGCCUGGCCUCUCCAGCAAUCGGCAGGAGAGUGAAAACCGACGCAGAACCUGGGAACCUGAGAGGACAGGGCCAACCAUCAACUUCACAAUGCCAACAUGGCACUACACACUGGACACAGACAUGGAUAGCAGCAAGAAAAAGAAUGUUUUCAAGAAGUUUUUUGCGAAGAAGUAACUUGCACCUGCCUCAGCCUUGCCCUCUGACUGUAACAUAUUUCAUCAGAAAGUGAACGGAGCUGAGCUUCACAGGUGUUUGUGUGUGUUUAUUCCCAGAAACAUGUCACUCUAGAACACAGUGAAUGGUUGACUCAUCUACUCCAGUCUCUAAGGGCAAAGCUGAUUCUUUGAUUCCACCUCUCAGGUCCCUGUGUCCUACCCACUGAAUGCCUCAUCACACAUUCCUCUGAGUGAAUUCCUCUUUAUUUCAGUCAGAGGUGGCAGAGACUGUACCUUCUCGUUCUACAUACCGCAGCUUCUAUCCACUUAAUCACCUUAAGAAUUCUGGCUGUUUCAAUCACCUUGCAGAAAUACAGGCCUAUGGUACUCAACCUCUCCUGCUAGGGCAGUUCAGGAAUCAUUCUAGUGAAUCUUAACUGCAUACACCAAACCUCCAAAACACUGUAGUGAGAUUUGCUUUCUCUUCUACUUUGACUGAUUUAAAGGCCAACAUCCCAGUUACUUACUCGACCAGCACGUUACCUUUGUGUUUUGUGCACGCGAACAUUGUCUUCCUUACAGAAUGGAUCCAUUCGCCCCACUUCAUUGACCACACCUCUGACCAAUCAUAUUGCCUGUCUCCAUCCCUUGGUUAUCUCUUCGCUGCUUACUUUCCCAUCAUAAUUAUAUCUGAAAUAAGCCUGGAUUGACUGAAGUCAAUCUCCUUAUCAAAGUCAUUGUCAUCAACUGUAAAAAAGAAGGGCAGGCCUCAACACUGAUCUCUGUGGUACCACACUAGGUAAGGUUUCCACUCCAAAACUUUUAUUCCUGCUCACUCUUUUCAUUACUUGUGUCCUGCAUGUCUGCAGAUGUGUAUGUACCUGAUCUGUCAACCUGUUCCCAAACUGAGCUUUGAACAGUCUAAUAGUGCAGAAGGCUGCCAUCUUUCCCAAACCAUUUUAUUCUAGCACUGAAAGUGAGACAAAAGUAAAAAUUUGGACAGAUACUUCAAAUCCAUCUGAUCCAAAUCAGUAAGUUAAAAGUUGGGCAAUUUAAUUACGCUGUUUUUGUCAAUGCUAUUAGUUAAUUUUGCUGUCAAUUCACAUCCUGUGGCUGGGGCUUGUUCUGUCUCUGGAUUAUGUUCAUCUUACAAUGUCACACUGGCAAUGACCUUCACUGCCAAAUCUUUUCCAAACAGAAAUGAGGGAAGUGAAUUUGUUAGCUGAGCCCCAAGCUCAAAGAUGGGAGCUUCAUUCCCCAGCUGAUGCUAUUAAUUGUUUUCUCAGAUGGGGAACAACUCCACCAGCUGAGGCAACUGUGAGGUUAAACAGCUAAUGCACCACAUCUGGGAGCAUGUGCCAGAAGGAAAGGCGGCGCCCCUGCGUCGGUCUUAAUGAGGCUUGGGGAGACAAGACAAUAGGCAGUGGAAUUUCUGUGACAAUCUACAAACAACACUGCAACCUCUGGCCCUCCCAAGCUCAGCUGCCUCAGUCUAUGUUUCAAAUAGUGAAACUUUCCCUUUGUAAUCUGACAAAGUCAUUCUCUUGCUAUUAUUCAUAUUCUAAAAUUUUAAAAAGCACAAUAAAAUUGAAAUUU